AUGUCGGAUCAAGAGUCUCAGCUCCCCGGCCUUCCCGGCUUCGACAGACAUAACAUUCAACCAUGGACUGUCGAGGUUGUUGUUUCCAUGACAGUUCUAGCUUUGGCUUCAUGUGUUCUCAGGUUAUACAGUCGACAUCUGAAAGCGCAGAAACUAUGGUGGGAUGAUUAUGUUAUUCUCUUCUCAAUGGCCUGGAACUUGGUUGUCGUAGGCUUCAUCUUUGCCAUGCACGCAAACGGUAUGGGUCUUCACGCCGAUAAAGUCCCCGUGUCCCAAAUCGUCAUGAUGGCAAAGUGGCUCGUCGUCGCUGAAGUUCUCUACGCUUGGAAUCUGGGAUGGACCAAGUUGAGUCUUUUGCUCAUGUACUACCGCAUCUUCCGAGUGCCAUACUUUAAGAAGAUGGCAUGGAUUGUGGGUUCGUUUGUGUUCGCUUGGGUCAUCACCAUUACGUUCCUUUUCAUCUUUAUCUGCGUCCCCGUCGCCAAACUGUGGUAUCCCGAUCUUCCAGGUCACUGCAUCAAUCAGGUCGGAACCUGGAUCGCCAACGCCGCUUCGACAAUCUUCACCGAUAUCGUCAUCUUGUGUCUUCCUAUCCCGCCUAUCUGGAAACUCCAACUCGGCAGAUCUGAGAAGCUCGGUCUUACAGCUGCUUUCGCCAUCGGCUCUUUCGUCGUCUUCGCUUCAGCUUACCGAACAAGCGUGCUCUUCACCUACAGCGACAAAGAUCCUAGCUACACCCUCGCCCCAACAGUAGGAUGGACCGAGAUCGAAAUGUCCGCCGGCAUCGUCUCCGCGAAUCUGCCCACCAUGUUACCCGUCCUGCGUAUCGUCGCCAAGUUCACCGGUCUAAGCAGCUUCGCCUCCACGAUUCGCAGCAACGGACAGUCCAAGGGCGAUCAAUCCACCAAGGGUCUCAAAUCCCACGACAACAACAAUGGUGGCCGAAGCACCAACUCCAAUUCCGUAUCCUCCAAUAACUUCUACCGCCUCCCUGACGACAACGACUCUGACACUCCUAUCAAGGGUGCCCAAUAUACCGAGUCGACUGUCCCCUUGGACGCAACAUUACGACCAGACAUUGAAGGCUUUGAGCUUACUACUAAGACGUAUAAUGCGAGGGUGGAUGGAAAUACUAGCGAUGAGGAAAUGUUGCAGGGGAUUAGAGUGCAUAGGGAGUUUCAUCAGUCAAGUACACAGAAAUAG